ACUCCCGCCCCUUCUCAUGUUUGCGCCGCUCCACUGUAAACUUGUUGUUUCCCCACAUGCGAUCGGUCUGUCAUCAGGGCUGUAGCGGGAGAGGCGUACGUGAUAGGACUAUGUCCAUGUAUUUUCGUAGUAGUUACAUGUCUAUUAUGCCUACUAUGUGGAAUUACUGAUUUUUCAUCAAAGCUAACCUAAAAGACAAAGAAAAAAAAAGCCGGUUCAAUUUUAGAGAGCACCAUUUCAAAGAUGGAUCCCAUAACAAAGUGGACUUCUAAACAAGUUGUAGAUUGGAUAAGAGGCCUGGACGACAGCCUGCAGCAGUAUGUCCCGUACUUUGAGCGUGAGAAGAUUGACGGGGAGCAGCUGUUGAAGAUCUCCCACCAGGACCUGCUAGAACUGGGUGUGACCAGGAUUGGACAGCAGGAACUGGUGCUGGAGGCUGUCGACCUGCUCUGUGCUCUGAACUAUGGGGUGGAGACAGACAACCUGAAGACUCUGGUUGGUCGUAUGAGAGCGGCGUCCAACAACCUCCACAACUCAGCGUCGGAGCGCAGAAAGAACCCGUCGUACGAAGGCAAGAAGUCCCACAAACCCCCCAAUGACUUCCUCACUGCUGUGGUGGAGCUCAUCGGAGCAGCCAAGAGUCUACUGGCCUGGCUGGACAGGACUUCUCUGACGGGGAUCAGUGACUUCACCUCCACUAAGAACAGGAUCAUUCAGCUGUGUCUGGAACUCACCUCCACCGUUCAGAAGGACUGCACAGUUUAUGACAUGGAGGAGAAGAUUCUGGAAGUGUCUGUGGCGCUGAACGUGAUCAGUGAGCAGACGAUGAGGACGACCUCUGACCCCCAGAAGAGUCAGAUGGCCUGUCUGGAGGAGGUCCAUAUCACCAACAUCAGACCUAGGGAUGGACUGGGGUUGUAUAUCAAAUCCACCUACGACGGGCUUCACAUCAUCACUGGAACCACAGAACAUUCUCCAGCAGACAGAACACACAGGAUCCACGCAGGAGACGAGGUCGUCCAGGUCAACAAGCAGACAGUGGUGGGCUGGCAGCUGGAGAACCUGGUGGGUAAGCUGAAGGCGGACCCAGCAGGCGUUACUCUGGUGGUGAAGAAGAGGCCCUCGGGUACCUUUAGCUUCACCCCGGCCCCCCUGAAGAACAUGCGCUGGAGGCCCCUUCUGGUGCAGAGCGCCCUGAGUAUGCCUAAGAUCCAGUCUCCAAAACAUGCCUGUGAAGCCCGCAUGAAAAAAGAGAAGCCAGCCAUUCUGGACCUAUUUAUCCCUCCUCCCCCCACUGUACCCUAUACCCCACGAGAUGAGAAGCCUAAAGCCAGUGUCAAACUGAGACCGAAGGGUUCACAGUCUCCAAACUCCUUCCUGGAUGAGGGCAGACGGUGCUUCACCAUCGCAGACUAUGACAACAAGAUUAGAGUCUGCCCCCCUCUUGAGCCCAACCUCCAACCAGCCCCAGUAGCCCGCCUGAGACAACGGACAUCCACACGGGGUAAAUCACGGCCCCUGUCCAUGCCUGUAGAGUCGUGUUUGGGCAUGUCUGAUUCGUCCUCCAGACCCUGGCCCCAAGGGAGAAAAGGAGAGGACAUCCUGCACAGAUACCUGAGUAACGAGCGCAUCGCCACCAUCUCUGAGGAGGCCUCGUUCUUCCCCCUACCCUACAGACCCCUGGAGGGGCGAUCUGGCCAGCUGGUCCGUGGUGUCGACCACAUCCGGGGCUCCCAGUGCUUCAUCAAUGCUGACCUGCACAACAGCGCCACCAUCCCCUACCAGGAGGCAUUGUCGAAAAAGGCCCCGGCUACGACUAUGACCCCUAGUGCUGCUGCUGCUACUCCCAAACGCCCUCCGUCUGAACCCUCUUCGAUCCUGGGAGGCUGGCUAGCCCGCCUCAGGCUGUUGAGUCAUUGACGAGUGCCUCGACCUUAUGGACAGUGGACCGUGUGUCGCCCCCACUGCCUUUACCUUGCUCUAAUCUAACAGUGGUAUGGUUUCUCCACUCAGUAUUCUGACUAACACUUACCAUACCUGGAACGUUCUGUUGGAACUUGGAACACUAAAACAGCCUUUGGAAGCUUUGCUUCAUUUCAACGCCACAUAGCCUAGGGGUAGACCAUUUGGUUGGAUCUCUUGCUUCAUUUCAAUGCCACAUAGCCUAGGGGUAGACCAUUUGGUUGGAUCUCUUGCUACAUUUCAACUCCUUGGCGUGACAGACUGUUGGUUUAGAUUCAAUAUGCUGACAGAUUCAGAAUGUUUCGUGGAGGGAUUGGAGAAAAUGACAAGGAUGAAGAAGUAUUAUAGAAACUUUCUGUUUCUGCUCAUUUUCCUAAUCAAGAGUAGGACUAUCAUUCAGGUUUAGGGAACAUUAGCCUUGCUUCUGUAGGUGAACUGUCCUAUGUGUAAAUUGUUAAGUUAUUUAGUUAGUGUCUGUACAGAUUUCUUGUACGUAUGUUUAAAAUCAUUUUAAGAAGUUGAUUUGAUUUUUGUACCAGUUUAUUUUGUAUUUCGUUUCAUGAGUUGAUAUAUAAAUAUAAUUAAAGCCUAUCAUUUUUAUUUGAGAUAAUGUGCUUCUCUUCAUAGUGUUUCAUGUUACUAUGCGAUGGACAUAACUGCCAGUUGGCCUUUCUUAAAGCUACCGUAUGAAAACCCUUGAUCCACUGCUGUUACAAAUAGUGUGUGUGUUUGUGUGUGUGUGAGUGAGUGUGCAUAUUUUUGUGAAGUUCAGGUAACAUUUCAAAAAAGUGUAACUACUUCAUCUCAUUAAAUGGUCUUCAAUAAAACAGGUAUGAUUCAAUGUGAAA